AUGAUACUGAGCCAGAUCUCAUACCUGGACUGUGUAGCUUUCCUCAUCUUCCUUGCACCUCAAUUGCUGAUUCAGAUUGGCAUCGUACCACUUUUGACAUGGCUGAUUCCAGCUCUACCAUCCCUCGCUCCAAAAGCCAUUGCCAUACCAUAUCAGUUCAUCCAUGAACGCUUCUUCAUGCCACAUGAACACCGCGCGCCCUUUGUUAAAAAAGCAACGCCAUUCCAAGAUUUGGUUAUCCGCUUUGUUCGCUAUGCGUUUGCCAACAUGCCCGCCUUUCUAGGCCGGGUGUUCUUUUCCAAGGCCGUCUCACUCCCAUUCUUGAGGUUUCGCAUGUUGAGACACGGCAUUGUCACAAGUCCGAUUCGAUGGACUGAGAUCAAAAGAUCCAACUUCAGGGGUGUCUGGAUUGUGCACAAUCAGCAAGAGCAGCCAGAUGUGAUUGUAUAUUAUUGUCACGGUGGUGGCUUUUCUAUGGGAAGUAGCUUCUUCUAUAUGGAGUUCCUACUUGCAUGGGUCGCUCUACUAAAGUCCGCUGGGUAUCGCAAUCCUGCUCUGUUCGCUCUGGAAUACACAUUGGUGCCAGAUGCCACAUAUCCCACUCAACUCCAUGAGACUGUCGCAGGUUACGAAUACGUUCUAUCAUUAGCCCAGUCUUCAACUCGCGUAGUUGUGGGCGGAGACUCUGCAGGCGCCACCCUCAUCCUGACUUUCUUGCUAUAUCUGUCCGAUCAUACCGAACUACGUCAUCAGAAACCUGGUCUUGCUAUCAUGAUCAGCCCUUGGGUGACGAUAGUAUCGCGCGAAAAUCGCAACACAGGUUCCGACUACCUCAACAGUUCAUCACUAGAGCUGUACGGUCGCCAAUAUAUCGGUAACAAAAUUUCACCAGAAGACCCAAUGGUUUCGCCUGGAAAGUGUGAUGAUUUGCAGAAGUGGACGGAGGCUAGUCCCGAACAGGGGUGGUACUUCCUGUAUGGAAGCGAAGAGGUUCUUGGGCCCGAAACAAGGAACUUGAUCAGUCUACUCGGAAAGACUGGGAAGGAAGUUGAUAGCUGGGAAGAGCCAGGUGGCAUUCACGCAUGGCCCGUCGCGAGCUUAUAUCUUGGGGAGACGAGAGAGACGAGAUUGAGUGGCCUGAAGAGUAUUGUUGGAGCUAUCAAGGAUAGGAUACAUCGAUAA